CCCACCGCUUUUAAUUCUUCUUUAACUUCUCCAAGACUAACCUCUCUCCCUCUCUCAAGUUCGGAUUUCUGCAAAACUUCUCAACUUCUCCAUCACCACCAUAAUCAACAAUGUCGGGGAAAUCAAAGAGAAAGGACACCGAAAAUUACGCUUCAGACGGCGAUUCUGACGGCCAAGCUCCUCCGAAGAAGUCCGCUAAAGUUGAUGACGAGGAAGGAAUAGUCGUUUGUGAGAUAUCGAAGAAUCGGAGGGUUACUGUCAGGAGUUUUCAAGGAAGAGUUUUUGUUGAUAUUCGCGAGUUCUAUGUUAAAGAUGGCAAACAACUUCCUGGUAAAAAAGGCAUCUCACUCACCUUGGAUCAGUGGAAGGUGCUUAGUGAGCAUGCAGAUAAAAUUGACGAGGCUGUUGCGGAGAAUUCUUAGGUUGGAGAGCUGAAUCUUGUUGAUAUGGUCUAAUGGAUGUUGGAAUCUUGGCAGUCGCAUUUUUCGAACUAGGGCUGUAAACAGUAGUAGUUAUAUUAGCAAUUUCGGCUUAUGUUUUGAGUGAAUGUAGGGCUAUUGGACUAAGGUGAUUGUUAUAGCUUAGAUUGUUGAAUAUCUUGUAAAAGGAAAACCGUGCUGCCUUGCAGGUAGUCCGCCUGUUUAUGGAUGCUUAUAGAUCCUAUUUUGCUGAAAUGGUCAUUUCAAUGUGAUAUGAUUAUAGACU